AUGGGGAAGGAGAGAAGCGGUGGUGGGGCUGCUGCCUUGUCGAUGGAGAAGCAGAUUUGGGAGGAAACAGAUGCAGAGGAGAAAGAGCAGAGCAGAGCUGGAAAGCAUGGCAAGCUUUGGUGCUGGAUGGAAGAAAGAGCAGAGGAGAGGAAGGGGGAGGAGAGAGGGCGGGAGCCAUACCUUGCUGUGGUGUUGAUCUUGUGGAAGAGGUUUCACUGGAGGAGGAUGGGGAGGAGCUGCAGCUGGAGAGGGGUGGGGAGUUGUAGCCAGGGAGGAGGAAGCUGGCGCAGAUUUGAGGAGGAAGCCGUCGCCAGGGGAGAGACCCUCUCGCUGGAAUCCUGGAGAUUUGCACGCUCUGGAUGGAUGGCCUUCUUUACUGCCUUUUUUCCCGUGCGUUUCCUAAUGAACGGGAAAAAUAGGCUAAAAAGUAAAAUAGAGGGGUUUAGCCCCUACAAGCAAUCCAGUUAUAUCGUAUGUUGUACUAGAAAGCUGGUUGAAAUGAUGUGCAGUGUUUUUGUUGCUUCUUGGACUGGAGUGAUCAAGUACCAUGGACCACGCCCAAGCUCACGACCUUAUCAGGUAUUUGUUGCAAACCAUACAUCGAUGAUAGAUUUUAUUAUUCUGGAGCAGAUGACAGCAUUUGCUGUCAUCAUGCAAAAGCAUCCUGGAUGGGUUGGAUUUAUUCAGAAGACUAUUCUGGAAAGUGUGGGUUGCAUCUGGUUUAACCGUAAUGAUCUCAAGGAUCGUGAAGUAGUUGGAAGAAAGUUACGUGAUCAUGUUCAGCAUCCAGACAACAAUCCUCUCUUGAUUUUCCCGGAAGGAACUUGUGUUAAUAAUCAGUACACUGUGAUGUUCAAGAAGGGUGCUUUUGAGCUUGGCUGUGCUGUAUGUCCAAUAGCUAUCAAAUAUAAUAAAAUAUUUGUUGACGCCUUCUGGAAUAGUAAGAAGCAAUCUUUUACAAUGCAUUUGGUUCGUCUUAUGACAUCAUGGGCUGUUGUUUGUGAUGUUUGGUUCUUGGAACCUCAGUAUCUCAGGGAAGGGGAGACAGCGAUAGAAUUUACUGAAAGAGUGAGGGACAUGAUAGCUGCUCGGGCUGGUCUUAAGAAGGUUCCAUGGGAUGGCUAUCUGAAACAUAACCGCCCUAGUCCAAAACAUACUGAGGAAAAGCAGCGCAUGUUUGCUGAAUCUGUGUUGAGGAGACUAGAGGAAAACUAA